CCCUUAUAUAUAGAGGACGCCACCAGUUUUGGUCAACGUCAUCACAGCCUUUCACUCAAACAACAUGGCACUUCCAUCAGCAAGUUCAACCAACGUCGGCGGCCGUGCCCCAUCCAAAUCAGUGUCCCCAAGGUCUGGAGGGGGAUCUGCUGUCAGACAGAGGAAAAGCACCACAACAUCGAGUGCCCCACGUAAGGCAGCCGGCAGCAGUGCGGGUAUGUGGAGAUUCUACACAGAGGACUCUCCUGGAAUCAAGGUUGGUCCCGUUCCAGUCCUAGUCAUGAGUCUGCUCUUCAUUGCCUCCGUGUUUAUGCUCCACAUCUGGGGAAAAUACACCCGUGCCUAGACCCUCACGACUCAUAGCAACAUUGACGGAGCUGUACAUACAUUCAUGAUUCAGUGAACUGAAGGCAUUUUAUCACAAACUGUUACUGUAUGCCAUUACAGCACCAUAUUUAUCUGACUAAGAAUACAUGGAUGUUGCUGAAGGCAACGUGUUCUUACUGUGGUAAAUAUGGUGUAUGACGAAUGUGUCAUUCCAAAGACCAGUGUGAAAGUGGCUCAGGCAUCUUAAUGUUUUUGUUGAACUUUUCAUCAAACAAGAUGCUACUCUUAUGGAAAAGUGUAAAAGAAAUAAAGACGUAAUUUAUA